AUGAACAUCGUGGAACCUACGGAGAUACAGACGAAGGCGAUCGAUGUCAUCGGUCGAGGGGCGGGGAACGCGUUCGUCGCGUCGCACACGGGGAGCGGGAAGACGUUGGCGUACUUGUUGCCGGUGAUUCAACGCAUGAAGGCGGCGGAGAUCGCGGCGGGGGAUCGGUUGGCGAAACCGAAGAGACCGAAAGUGGUCGUGGCGUGCCCGACGCGAGAGCUGGCGGAACAAGUCGCGGAGGUGGCGAAGGCGUUGAGUCACGUGGCGAAAUUUAGUUCGUAUUUAGUCGUCGGAGGUAGACGUUUAGGGACGCAAAAGGAGCGGUUAGACUCCGCGAUCGAUGUCGUGAUCGGGACUCCGGGUCGAUUGAUCAAGCACGUCGAUCAGGGGAACUUAUUCUUGGGGAGCGUGGACGCGAUGGUGUUGGACGAGGCGGACACGCUCUUUGAAGCCGGAUUUGGCGACGAGGUAAAGCGGUUGUUACGACCACUCAAGGCGCGUCCAGAGGGAAAGACGUGCGUCCUCGUCUCGGCCACCAUGCCGGAUCGACUAAAGAAGCUCGUGGACGAGGAGCUUCCGGCUUUGCAGUACAUUAAGACGGAUUCAUUGCAUCGCUCCGCGCCAGGGCUCAAGCACCGCUUCGUCGACUGUCCGGGCGACGUGGACAAGAUGACGGUGCUCGAGCAAAUCGUCGCGCCCGAGCACAAACAGGGGAAAAAGCUGAUGAUCUUUUGCAACACGCUUCCCUCGUGCAUCGCGGUCGAGCGCACCAUGUUCGAGGCAGAUAUUCGCACCGUGCAGUACCACGGCGACAUGACGAGCGACGCUCGCGCCGACGCCAUGCGCGAAUUCAUCGACGCCGACGCCGACGAAAACCUCACCAUGGUGUGCACCGACCUCGCCGCUAGAGGUUUGGAUUUUGGUCGCGUCAAGGUCGAUCACGUGGUGAACUUUGACUUCCCCAUGAACUCGCUCGACUACAUUCACCGCUCCGGUCGCACCGCUCGCGCGGGCGCCGGCGGUAAAGUCACCAACCUCGUCGCCAAAAAGGACCGCGUUCUCGCGAGCGAGAUCGACAACGCCGUCAAGCUCGGUCUGCCGAUCGACAACGCCACGAGCUCACGCGCCGUGAGCGAAGCUCGCAAGAAAAAAUCCAUCGCCGACGCUCGCGACAGGCGCACCGGAGGCCGUUCUCGCGCCAAGCCGAGCACCGUGCGCGAUUCCAAACCUUCCAACCGCGGUCGUCGCGGCGCCGCGCGGUUCACCACGGACGACACUAAGACUAAGCCUUCCAACCGAGGUCGUCGCUGA